AGUGCGCGCGUUGUUGGCCAACUGCUCGGACGCGUGUGGUGCCCUUGAGCUAUGGACGUGUGGAGCAGCGCCGGCCUCUCCCGGCCUGUCCCGGUGCUGACAACAAACAACAAUUUCGCCGUGGCUUUCUACGAAACCAAAGAGAGACCUCGACAAGAACAACACUACGCACCUGACAGUGCAAGCGGGACCGCCGCGGUUCCCAAGACGGCAGCGCCGUGCAAGGUUUGCGGGGACAAAGCUUCUGGAUACCACUACGGUGUCACCUCCUGCGAAGGCUGUAAAGGUUUCUUUCGCCGUAGCAUCCAGAAGCAGAUAGAGUACCGCUGUCUGCGGGACGGCAAGUGUCUCGUCAUCCGUCUGAACAGAAACCGCUGUCAGUUUUGCCGGUUCAAGAAGUGCUUGUCGGUCGGGAUGAGUCGAGACUCUGUCCGCUAUGGUCGUGUGCCCAAGCGACCCCGGGAAGCUAGCCCUUCGGACCAAGAACAACAAGAGCAAGACCCCCCACAGGCUCCGCAAUGGGAACUAGCGAGAGAGCCGCAACCCGAACCACAGCCCGAAUCGCAGCGGGAAGCACAGCGCGAGCUGCAGCAUGACUUACCUCCCACAUCGCAACACGAACAACUGCGGAGAAGGCUACAAGAGCCGCCGCAGCCUCAAGAGCUCCAACAUCAUCGAGCACAGCAGCUAGCCAUUGAAUCCGUACAUCAAGCACUGCGCCAAGCACAACAACAAAGACUGCAGCAAGCCCAGCAAGCACUUCAACAAGAGCAACAACACCGAAUGAAUCAGGCUCUGCAGCACGCACAGCAGCAGAGACUGCAGCAAGCGCUGCAACAAGUACAGCACCAAAUGCUACAGCAAACACAUCAUCAGAGACUGAUACAAGCGCAGCAAGUGUUGCAGAGAGAGCAGCAACAUAGACUGCAACAAGCACAGCGACAACUCUCACAAGACCAGCAAGAAGCGCAACAACUAAUGGUCCAAAUGCAGCAACGAGUUCCCGAACCCGUUGCCGGACCUUCCACUGAAGACCAGGAGUCGAUGCGAGCUGGCGUCCAUCGGGAUCUGAUCGAUCAAAUCACGAGGGCUCAUAUUGAAAACAACAGUUAUAGGGAAGGGCUUCGUGAGGAACUAGAAGACCGGACUGAGGUACUCAAAAUCGAAGGUCUAACCACCGGCCCCGGACCAGUUGCAAACAAUGCACCAACGAAUCCAACGAAUAGAGUCACCGAGAUGCGCUCCGUUCUAUGGCACAACGUGGCAUUACGGAUGACACCGUCUGUUCAACAAGUGGUCGAGUUUGCUAAGCACAUCCCCGGCUUCCAGAAUCUUCAACAAGACGAUCAACUCAUACUCAUCAAACUUGGGUUUUUCGAGGUGUGGCUCUCAAGGAUCGCUAGACUUUCCAACCCCGAAUGGCUCUGCUUCGACGAUGGAACUGCUAUCUCGCAAAAUCAGCUGUCUGUUAUUUAUGAUGCACCGUUCGCGAGUGGAGUUUUAACUUAUCUUUGGGACCUCGCAAAGCUACGGUUAACCGAAGAGGAAUUGGCUAUAUUUACAACCAGCCUGUUGCUGUCCCCGACCCGAGCUGGACUUACCGACGUGCAAGCAGUUACAGAUUUACAUCAAGCUGUGGUCGACGCUAUGCAGUCUUUGGUGAACAGCAAUGCUGGAAGUGGGGCUCCGGCUCGUCUCGAAGCCCUUAUUAAUGCUACACACGAAGCCCGGAAUCUCGGUUUCCGUCACAACAAUUUGCUUGAAUGGUGCCGCACAAAUUGGUCCAGGCUUGUGGUCCCAGAAUUGUUCGCUGAAAUCUUUGACAUUCCUAAAGUUACUGUAUCUGCAAGCAACGGAAAUGCAGAGCAGCAGGCAGAAAACGCUGAUGCAGUACCUGAACAAGCAGUGGAUCAAGCUCCUGAACAAGCUGCUGUACAAGCAGCUGAUGCCGUAGCUGAAGCUGCGCUUGGACUUGCUCCGGAACCCAUUGCUGGACCUUCCUAUGAAGAACCAAUAGCUGGUCCAUCAUACGAACCAGUAGCUGGACCAUCAUAUGAGCCGGUGGCUGGCCCAUCUUACGAACCACUACCUGGUCCAUCCCACGGACGGACGGCUUAUGUAAUUGCUCACACAGCUAACCACCAAAGACACGCAGCUAUAGAUGGACAAGCUCGAGCUGCUAUCGGUAGUCAACGUAUCGCAGCUCUUGGAGGCCAGAUUAUGGCACAUGCUGGUGGCCAAAGAAUGGCAGUGGCUGAUAAUCCCGGCAUACUGGCUUGUCCUAGGCCAGAGAUGGCGGCUCUAGGUGGUCCAGGUAUUGUUAAUUUUGGAGGGGGCCUGCCAAGUAUUGCAUCUAUUGGGAGGCCAUCUAUGAUCCCUCUUGGUGGAGUGGGGAUGGCUGCUCUCGGUGGUCCUGGUAUAGUUGCUGUCGGAGGUCAAGCUAUGGCAGCAGCUGCAGCGGCUCCAGGUAUGUCUGCAAACGGUAGCCCUGCUAUGGGGGCUGGCGCUGGGCCAAUCCCAGCCAUGGACCCUGCUGGAGAUCCGGCAAUGGCAGCACGCCCAGCUCCGGAUCAACCUUUGGAUCUGGGUCCAGGACCGGCUUUCUAAGCACCGAAAUAUCCUAGCAUCUCUUUGCCAUUGAAAAGAAGAUGAAGUUUCAAAUUUUUUAUUCUGUGUCCGUGUCAAUUUUAAUGUAUCACUUCUAAUUUAGAUAGCAGUUCUUUAACCGCACUGACGUUAAUUAGUAGAUUGAUCGGAUAGUAGUAGUCGCUCAUUUGAAUUUGAAUCACGACGAAAUCCAGCAUUUAUCCUAGGUUCUCAUUAAUUUAUAGCAACCUCUUUAUGGAAUAGUAUAAUAUAUAGGAAGCAAUCUUACGAUAGUUCAUUUUACUGUAAUAUAACUAGUAUAUGUAAAAUAGUAUACUUUACACAAUACAUACACAUAAUAUGGCAUCAAAUCACUUAGCUUAGAAUUAGAUUACACCAAUAUCUUUGAAUUUUAAUUUUUAGAUAGAUAAAUAUGUAGACUUCAGAUAUAUUACUAUGAAAUUAAAACUUGGAUCAAAAUUUACGUAGAUAUUCCCUAACUCGAAUAAAUUUGAAAUCUAUGAUUAAAAAUUAUAUCUCGUAUAUUAAAGUGGUAAUUGAACCUUGAAUUAAGCAAUGCUUUAAAGACACACAUAAAAGUCAUUCAAAUCUAUCUAAUAUUUUAGACUUACUGUAAGAUUCAACGAAUUCUAUGACCGAUUUCCAAAAAUACUUAAUAUUACUCAACGAUUCCCUACUCCUUGCGUGGAUAAUCCUCAAUGCUGAGGGUCGUGACCUCUCUUAACAGCUUUUUCCUAGACUACCCUGCGCCAGCCCUGCCUAUCCUGGGCUGCGUGUAUGACAUCGCGGACUGAGGCGCUGAGGCGUAGAGCGUAUCUGGUCUGAACAGCGCCUUGGAGUUCUGCCUCUGGGCCUAAUUCUGCGUACCUUGCCUAAUACCGACAGCUUUUCUAAAUUAUUACCUUUCUUUCUGAAUAUGUUUCCAAAGCGUUGAAGCCGCAUCUUUAUCUUGAGCUCGGUAAGAAUGGUUUUGUUAGUUCGGUGCUCUAUCCAAUGAAUGCCAAGCAUUUUCCUCCACCACGUCUAAAACGCGUCGAUUCGUUGGCGGUCUGCUUUCUUGAGGAUCCAAGUCUCUGCAUCGUAAAAUGGAAAAGACGAGGGAGGUGAUGUGCUGCUUCUCGGUCUUCUCGGUAUACACGGUCCAUUUGGACCACUGAGAUAAGAUUCUUUCCCAUAGCAAUCCUCUUUCUGAUAUCGUUCUCACCGGAUCCGUUACUAGCUACGAUGAAGCCCAGAUAUAUGAAAUCCUCUACGGCUCCCAGGCCUAGCUUGUUGGUCAAAGUGAGAGAAAGGAUGCGAUCGACCAUCGUCACGUUACUGUUCCAUACAAAGUGCUUACCAUUAACGUACGCGUAAUAUGUUUUUACGAAUGUAGUGGCGUUUGCAAACUUUCUAUUUUUAUUUAUACAUAAAUAUAUCUACUAGUGUAAUAAAAAAAUGAGUUUUUGUUUAAAUCAAUAUAUUAAUGAUGUUACAUAAGGUAAGUGAUAGUAUUCAUAAGGACAAGUACAAGCCGUGUUUUUAUUUAAAGCCAUUUAUCCACGAUUCGACACAAUGGAGCUCAGUUGUUUUAAAAAUUAUAGUAAAAAACAUGUAGAAUAAAUAAAUAAAUAGAUUAUUCCUUCGUAUAAAAUGAUAUCUAGACUAAGAUUUUAAAUAGCUUAAAGUAAGCGUUAAAAAAACAAUUAAUUUUAUGAAUGAGCAAAAUUUAUUGCACCUACGAAUACUUAGUAAGUAGUAAAUUCCUGUAGGAGCUGUAAUAUUAAUCCAAUCCUGUUCCAUUUGCCCGGACUAUAAGCUUAAUCAAGCCAAUCAAUAAUCAAUAAAAUCAAUAAUAAUAACAUUACUACUAAUACAUUGUCAUCGCCCAUCAGUAAUAACAGAUUAAAUUACAAAAACAAAAUAUUGGUUUGUAUCCUCUGAUAGAAAACCUUAAUAGUUGAUUUGAAGGAGUAGGUACGUUGAAAUUUUUAAUAUUCAAUAAAAUGAUAAUGAACUAGAAUUAAUUUUAGCAUUGUAUAAUAUAUCUGUAUUCAUGUUAGACAGAAGAUAUGUUGCUUGACUUUUAUGUAAUUAUCAAUAAAAUAUUCCACAUUUUAGAAAGAUACUGCUAAAAUAAAAUAAUAUUAAAUAUGUUAACCGAUAAGUUAUGAAAGUUCUUAACUUACAUACAAUCUACAAUUUGAAACUUUGACUUCUUGUAAUAUUUUAGGAAUCGAGUAAUAUUGUUUGUCUUAUGCAUUUAUAUAAUAGUUUUAGUAGGAGUCGAUUUAAUUGUCUUGGAGAGCACCGCCAUCUUGAAUGCGCAUGCAACGUUGUGUGAUAAAUCAAUUGUGAUUAGAGUUAGUGCAAUAAAAAUCUAUUCUGUAAACUUUAGCUUUAGUAAACUAUGCGAGUCCUUAAUGAAGACUUACUUUUCUUUACAAUGUCAUGCGUGUAUACUAAUAGGCGAGUGAAUGCUAAUUCGGACUUUGGAUUUUAAUCGAAAUUUUCUAUCUUUAGCUGUGAUAAAAUACUCUAAAAGUUAUAAAAUUAUCUUCGUAAUAUGUCUCUUGAAGUAAUGUAUCUCACACAAAAAGAACCUAUCACGAGAGCUCUUAAGAAAAGUGAGAUUUUAAAAUUGUAUUAUAAAAUAAUACAUCGAUAUUUGCUAUCGAUAUUUAUCGAAAUGUGUAAAGUUUACCUAAAAUAAUCACUUUAAAUACAUUAUAGGAAGCGUAACAAUAAAAGUUUACACUUUCUUCUAAGACAUCUUUGAUUUGUCUCAUUUAUUUUACAAAUAUUUUUUACAAGUAGUCGCUAUAGUUUUCCUUAAGUUUUUUAAGUUUAUUCAUUCAUAAUCUUAAAAUUUUGAAGCUAUGAUAUAAAAGUAAUUUGAUCUUUUUGAACUUGAUAUGUUAUUUUCUGUUAGUUCAAUAUUGUAUUGUUCUUUUUAAUGUUUGAAAAUAUAAUGUUGAAAUUAUAUUAUUAAUGCAACAUUGGUUGCAUUUUUUUAGUUCAGUAAUUGUUUACGUAUAGAUUAACUCUGACACUUAGUUAUUUCUUAGCUUUUCUUAAGAGAAGCAUUUAUAAGCUUUUUAUUUUUUUAGUUACUAGAUCAUGUAGUACUGACGGUAUAAAAAUAAUUGAUUUAACAAAAAUAUAAUUUCAAGUGUUAUUAGAUGAGGAUAUCCUAAUUUAGAAUAAGUAUCUCACAGUUCAGGUUCGCGCCACUCGAGAAAUUGUGACAUUACUUCGACAAACCACUGAACAAAACAGGAUAUCUUGCUCGUGUAGUUUGUAACUGCGGUUGGGCGAGACAAAUAGCGUAAUGUGUAUUUUGAUAGUCUUGUCUGCAUUUAAUAGUGUUUAGCGUAACACGCAUUUACUAUAUUUGCUUAGUUUUACACAAUAUAUACCUAUAAAAUUAGAAGAAACUUUAUAGUUAAUUAGUAUUGCGUUUUUAGAUUUAGUCUAUUAAAAAUCAUUAGGUACACAAGUUACGAUUCUCACUUGUUCAAAAUCCGAAUUGUUCUUAUUUUUCGAUUUAAAAUGUAUAAUUUAAAUUUAGGUACUUUUAAUUUCGUUCGAAUUUAUAGGUUACUCAAUUGUAAUUAUAUUACUUUGUGUUUCAAAAUUUUAUUAUGAUAUUUUUAUUGUUAUUUUCAUUAUUACAAAUAUUUUACUAGUUUAUUAUGAAAGAUUACGUUUUUAUGUAACCAUGUGUAAUGUGUAAUAUUUUUCAAUCUUGUCGUGUGAAUUCUGAUAGAUUUUAACUAAAUGUUGUAUUUAUGUUACAAACUUACCUAUAGAAUUGGCAUAUCCAAGCUCGAUUUGAAUGUAAUCGAUAGAAAUACAAUUAUAAUAUUUAGCUCCAUAUAAAAUUGGCCAUAGAUAACCAUCUUACUUACAUAUAUAUGUACUAUUAGAGUUAUUCAUUGGCAAUACAUAUGGCGCAUGCCUAUUACUCGGAAUGAGACUUGUUUACUGUAGUUUGGAUUAACAACUGUUGUGCAAUGAUCUCUCUAUGUAAUGGUUUCAGUAUUUAGAUUUUUAUGGUUCUGGCACUUACCGGAAUGCCCUUUUAAGAAGACCUCGCAAUUGUCUGUUAAAAGAUGUUCAUAGAGUCAAAUUUCAAUAAUAGUAACAAAAUAAAUUACUUUUGACACAACAUGAAUAAUUCAAUUUACUGGUCAAUCUAUCCAUUUUAUAUUCAAUUGGGUUAUAAUUUAGUAGAUUAAUAGCUUAUGUGAAUCUUAAUAAAUCAGUCUGGAAUCUUGCUAUUCAGUUAGUUUGAAGCUACGACUAAAGCAAUUCCAUCAUACCGAUGGCACUAGCCACUUAUUAUGAUAAAAUUAUGCCACAUUAAGAAUCUUAAAUAUAAAAAUAAUGACACGGAUUCUAAAUUAAUAGAAAUAUGCUGAAUUGUGAUGAUCAUUGAUGAUUCUCAACGGUAUUGAUGAGAUCAUAAUGAGAUGAUGCUAGGUCUUCAAAUAGUUACUUAAUUAUAACAGCGCUUGGGUGUGUAGAAAAAAUUCGUAAUAUUCAGAUUUCCUAUAUUUCUCGAGAAAAUAUUUAUUUAAAAAAAACUGGCACAACAUUACUUAAACAACGAAAUUACAGUUAAAAAAAAUUAAAAAUUCGAACCAUCCAACGCACAGCACAUGUAAAUGUUCGGUCUGAAUUAAUAAAAACCGUAUAUCAAUUGUAACCAUGUUUAUAGCGAUCAUCAUAGAUAUAAUAAUAUAUAAAACGUCUCCAGACUAGUAGCCGUCAAGCCUCUUGAAAUCAAACGCAUUUCAUAAGUGGAGCAGUUGUUAUUUCAAACCAAUUGAGACUUCAAAUUGACAUUUUAUGUAAUCAGGUAUGUUUAUUUGCGGCGCAUAUGUUCACAACAAAAAAUAGCAUGAAAAUAUGACCACUAUCGACUCUCACAAAGGUUAAAAUUAGGAAAAAAGAUAUCUUAAAAUCUGGAAAUUUCCAUAAGCCGACCCUAAAUCUUAGAGCGCACUUUGUGUUGAAUUGUUAGCAAGCACACGAAUUUUAAUGAUGGACGAUCCUAAUUUACUCAUUUUUAUUAAUUAUUAUAUUUAAUCGUACAUAUCUCGUCGAAUAUUUCAAAAACAAUGGAAAGGUAUUUCUGUUUGGAACUCAGGUAUUUGUUGCUAGAAGUCUUCAACAGAUCAACAAACUUUAUUUGCGAAUUACAGCAGUUCCUAUUUUAUGACCGGCCUUCCUGAAUUGCUAAGAACAUUAAUAUCUAAAUUUAUUCGUUUUUUGUUAGUUUUUUGGUGUUUCGAACAACUUAUUCGAAUUCUUAAUCACCGUUCAUAAUUUGUAGAAGCUUUAACACACAUCGGCACAAAGCAAAUCAACACAUCGGGCGAAACAAUACUUAUUAAUUUUUAAGAAAUAAAUCUGUUUGUCUUUACGCCUUUUCUCAAUCGAUUAAGAAACAUUUGUCUCGACGAUUCUGAAGUUAAUUGGUUUACUAAUUGUAUUACGCGUGUUUUAAUGUAAUAAAUAUAUGCGUAGAA